AUGGGCAAGAUCCGGAUCGCGAUAGACAGAGGUGGAACCUUCACAGAUUGUGUUGGUAACCCCGGAACUGGAGACGCUAAAGACGAUGUGAUUUUGAAAUUGCUAUCCGUCGACCCCUCUAAUUAUCCCGAUGCUCCUCUGGAAGGUAUAAGGCGUCUAUUGGAGAAGUUUUCAGGAAAGCCCAUUACUCGUGGAGAGCCAUUGGACACUUCCCAGAUCGAGUACAUCAGAAUGGGAACUACGGUGGCCACGAAUGCCCUUUUGGAGAGAAAAGGUGAAAGAUGUGCACUGAUAACUACCAAAGGGUUCAAAGACUGUUUGGUGAUCGGAAACCAGUCCAGACCCAGAAUUUUUGAUCUGUCCAUCUCCAAGCCAGAUGUUCUCUACGAGACGGUGGUGGAGAUCGACGAAAGAGUGACUCUACAAGACUUCAGUGAGGAUCCUGCCAAAUUCGAGACCGUCGAUUUUGAGAGUGAUGCUGAUCUGGUCAAAGGGCUAAGUGGAGAGGCCGUCAGGAUUUUGAAGAAACCAGACGUAGCCAGUAUACGGUCCACCUUGGAGCUAUUGUAUGCAACGGGGUUGAGGUCGGUGGGCAUUUGUUUGAUGCACUCAUACACCUUCCCCGCGCACGAGAUAUUGGUGGGCGAGAUCGCGAAAGAGGUGGGCUUCACCCACGUAUCUCUCUCCAGUGAUCUUUCGCCUGUCAUUAAGUUUGUGCCCCGUGCGAACUCUUCAAUUGCCGAUGCGUAUCUGACCCCAGAGAUCAAGCGGUACCUGAGCGGAUUUCAGAGUGGGCUCAAAGAGGGUUUGGCCUCGGUGGGCGCCGAGGUGCCCACUGGCGUGAGAUGCCAGUUCAUGCAAUCGGAUGGUGGGCUGGUGGAUGCCUCCCGGUUCUCCGGGUUGAGGGCUAUCUUGUCUGGCCCAGCUGGUGGUGUUGUUGGUUACUCGGCGACUUGUUACAAUCCUGAGAACAACAUUCCUCUCAUCGGAUUCGAUAUGGGUGGAACCUCCACUGAUGUUUCCAGAUACGGUGAUGGCAAGUUUGAUCACGUGUUUGAAACCACUACUGCAGGUGUUACGAUCCAGUCUCCUCAACUGGACAUCAACACCGUGGCAGCCGGUGGCGGAUCCAUGCUGUUCUUCAGAAACGGGCUUUUCCAGGUCGGACCAGAAAGUGCUUCAUCCCAGCCGGGCCCCUCCUGCUACAGAAAGGGCGGUCCUCUGACUGUGACUGAUGCCAAUCUUGUCUUGGGCAGAUUGUUGCCAGAGUACUUCCCCAAGAUCUUUGGUAAGGACGAAAACCAGACAUUGGACCAGGAAACUCCCGUUCAAAAGUUCAUGGAACUAACUAAGGAGAUUAACGCUGCUCACCCGGAUCUUCCUCCAAAGUCCAUCGACGAAAUCGCCUACGGUUUCAUCAAAAUUGCCAACGAGACCAUGUCCAGACCUAUCAGACAGUUGACAGAGGCCAAGGGUCACGUGAUUUCCAAUCACAGACUAGUCUCUUUUGGUGGUGCUGGAGGUCAACAUGCCGUUGCAGUUGCUGAUUCGUUGGGUGUGGAUACGGUGUUGAUCCACAGAUACUCCUCUGUUCUGUCUGCCUACGGAAUGGCCCUGGCCAAUGUGGUGGAGGAAGUGAGAGAGCCUUGUUCUCUGACCUUGAAUGCCACCAACGACACGGUUUUCCAGCAGAGAUUCGUGUCGUUGAUCUCGAGAGCUACAACAGCUUUAGAGUCGCAGGGGUUCCGGGACUCCGAUAUCGUGUUUGAGAAGUAUCUGAACAUGAGAUUCGAGGGAACAGAAUCCUCCAUUAUGGUGUCUGGUUCAGGCAGUUACGCUGACUUUGAGGCUCACUUUUUGGAGUUGCACAAGAGAGAAUUCGGAUUUGUUUUUGAGGGCAAGGACCUGAUUGUUGACGAUGUUCGUGUGAGAGCUAUUGGAAAGGCUCUUGACCGUGCUGAAGAGUCUAUCGAUAGCCAGAUCGAGGCUCUCAACAAGUCUGGUGCUGUGAAGGAGGUUGCUGCUGACGCAUUCAAGUUCAAGAAGGAGGUGUAUUUUGAAGGUGGGCGUCUUGAGACCUCGGUGUUUCGCUUGGAAGAUCUGGAGGUGGGCACCAAUGUUCCUGGUCCAGCUAUCAUUGCUGAUGGUACGCAGACCAACGUUAUUCCACCCAACUCUUCUGCUCUGGUGCUCAAGAACCAUGUAGUUAUCACCAUCUCCAAGGGCGAAUCAGUGGCCGCUAGUGUUGAGUCUGAGACCACCGAUAUCAAGAUUGACCCAGUCUUGCUCUCCAUCUUUGGACACAGAUUCAUGGACAUUGCCGAGCAAAUGGGAACUUCUCUCCAGAAGACGUCUGUUUCUGUCAACGUGAAGGAGAGACUUGACUUCUCGUGUGCCUUAUUUGACCCAGUCGGAAACCUAGUUGCCAAUGCUCCUCAUUUGCCCGUUCAUUUGGGUUCCAUGUCCACGUGUAUUGCUGCUCAGGCGAAAAUAUGGAAGGACAGGAUCCAGCCUGGUGAUGUGAUCGUUACCAAUCACCCUUCUGCCGGAGGCACCCAUUUGCCGGACAUUACUGUAGUGACUCCAGCUUUCAAGGAUGGUGAGAUCAUCUUCUACGUGGCUUCAAGAGCCCACCAUGCUGACAUUGGAGGGCUGUUGCCUGGAUCCAUGCCUCCCAACAGUAAGCACCUUAGCGACGAGGGUGCAGCCAUCUACUCGGAGCUUCUGGUGGAGAAGGGAGUUUUCCAAGAGGCCAAGUUGCGCAAGCUUUUGCUGGAGGAUCCAGCAAAACACCCCAAUUGCUCUGGUACCAGGAAACUUUCGGACAAUAUCAGUGACUUGAAUGCUCAAAUUUCCGCCAACCAGAAGGGUCUUUCGCUGAUUGCCCAACUGGUGAAGGAGUUUGGACUGGCCACCAUUCACGCCUAUAUGACUGCUAUCCAGGACAACGCUGCCACCACGGUGACCAGAAUGCUUGCAGAUGUUGCGAAGAGAUUUGAUGGUGAGAGCUUGAAGGCAGAGGACUACAUGGACGAUGGCUCCAGAAUCAAGCUGGAGGUCAAGACUGACGCCGUCAGAGGCAAGACCGUGUUUGAUUUCACUGGCACUUCCAGUCAGGCCUAUAAUAACUUGAACGCUCCAACAGCCAUCACCUACUCUGCAAUCAUCUACUGUAUGAGAUGUCUUGUUGAUGAGGACAUCCCAUUGAACCAGGGUUGUUUGCGUCCUAUUGAGGUGAUCAUCCCAGAGGGCUCAUUGCUUUCUCCAUUGGAGGGAUGUGCAGUUGUCGGUGGAAACGUGGAAACUUCCCAGAGAAUCACGGAUGUCAUUCUCAAGGCUUUCCAUGUCAUGGCAGAUUCCCAGGGUGAUUGUAACAACUUCACCUUUGGCACUGGCGGAAACAGUUCCGACGGAGACGCAUAUGUGGAAGGAUUUGGCUACUACGAGACCAUUGCUGGUGGUCACGGUGCCGGCCCAACCUGGCAUGGAGUUAGUGGUGUUCACACUAAUAUGACCAACACCAGAAUCACAGAUGCCGAGAUCUUCGAGAGAAGGUAUCCCGUGAUCCUGCGUGACUUUUCUAUCAGAAAGGGUUCCGGAGGUCAUGGUGAAUUCAACGGAGGAGACGGCUGUGUUCGUGACAUUGAGUUCAGUGUUCCCGUGACUGCCUCUAUUCUGUCGGAGAGAAGAGUCAUUGCUCCUCAUGGAUUCGCAGGUGGUGAGGACGGCCAGAGAGGAGUCAAUCUGUACAUCAAGACCACACGGAAUGAGAACGGUGAGAUUGUGGAGCAGAGACAGAUCAACAUCGGUGGCAGGAAUACCGUUGAAGUCAAUGCUGGUGACAGGAUCAUCAUUCAGACUCCAGGAGGAGGUGGGUACGGUGUUUCCAAGCAGAACGGCCACUGCAAUGGUACGAAGAAAGUGUAUCAUGCAGAUUCAUUUUUGGCCGCUGGUUCUUUGGCGCUGCGGUCUGCGGCGCAAUUGACGAAUUGA